CACCAAAUUGAAAAAAAAAAUUGGUGACCCCAGAUAUUAAAUUCUCAUAAAAGAUAUAAUCGGGGCAGAUAGCGCUAAGUAGUACAGUCUCCGGAGCAGAAGGUGGCGAUAGUGCACCACUAAGAUGGAUUAUCAACCGCCAGCAACUGAACGAAGACCAAAGGUUUCCAAAUUCGGUUAAAUAGUUUGCCCAAGACGCCUUGAUCCCAUUUCGAGUUUUGCACUCCUUCACGGCAGAACCGCGUCCAGUUGUUACUGUAUUAUUUUUGUAACAGCAUUCUCAGUGUUUCACGCUGGAAAUCCAAGCGAAGUAUUUCGACGAGUAGUGAGUUGAGGGCUCACAUUUUUCCACAAGUUUUGGAAUACCUUCGUCGUUUAUGACCCGCCGACGCUAUGACUUUACAAUUCCCAGGUGCGAGAAUGGAUGUUUAUCGUCAAAACCAAUGCUUCGAGCCACUUCGUGCCUCGAUGGCAGCUCCUGAUCCAGAAAUGCUUCGUGCUAUACACCAAAUCUCAGAAGCCCUCGGCAGCUACGAACGCUCCAAGAUUCUCUACUUGUGCGAGAUUUCGGACACAGACAAUACAGCCGCGCAUAUAAAGGAGACUCUUAAGUCCAAAGUCAGGAGCUACGACAAAGGGCGUCUGUUUUUGGCUGAGCUCAUGCUCCAUUUGGGGAGAUAUGACAUCCUCAGGCAGGUGUUUGGGUUCAGCCGGGACGAUGUGGAGAGAGCUUUGAGAUCCGAGCAGGUUCUACCCAGAUUCAGGUGAGUGCCAUUUUAUGAUUUUAGUCUCACGGUUUAAAAAAAAAAAAAAGUUACUGUGUUUUAACUGUUCGGGUCAAAUUAAAGGUAAAAAAGCACCGGACUUGGAACAUAAGUAGUUGAGUUUUUCACAGAAAUCCAGGCU